AUGCCGAUGCUGACGCUGCCGACCGUGGCGCAGGUCCUCUCAGGAAAGGGAGGCGUGGGAAAGUCGUCGGUGACCACACAGCUGGCCUUGUCCUUGUCGCUCGCUGGCCACUCGGUCGGCGUCCUCGACGUCGAUUUGACCGGCCCGUCGAUGCCGCGCAUGUUCAACAUCGAGGACGCCAAGGUCACACAAGCCCCCGGCGGCUGGCUGCCCGUCCCCGUGCAUGAGGCCGAUCCCGCCGCCGGCGUGGGCCAGCUGCGAUGCAUGAGCCUCGGCUUUCUCCUGCACGGCCGCGGCGACGCCGUCGUCUGGCGCGGGCCCAAGAAGACGGCCAUGGUCCGGCAGUUCCUGUCCGACGUGCUCUGGGGCGACGUCGACUACCUGCUCAUCGACACGCCGCCGGGCACGUCGGACGAACACAUCUCGCUCGCCGAGACCCUCCUCAAGGACGCGCGCCCCGGGCAGGUCGCCGGGGCCGUCGUGGUUACCACGCCCCAAGCCGUCGCCACGGCCGACGUCAGGAAGGAGCUCAACUUCUGCGCCAAAACGGGUAUCCCGGUCAUCGGGGUGGUCGAGAACAUGGCCGGGUUCGUGUGUCCCAACUGCGCCGAGUGUACCAACAUCUUCAGCAAGGGGGGCGGCCAGGUCAUGGCGCAGGAGUUCAACGUGCGGUUUCUGGAUGCCGUGCCCAUUGACCCCCAGUUCGUCAUGCUGAUCGAAACGGGAGGGCGGCCUACCUACCCGCAGGGCACCGUGGUGCACGGCGAGGACCUGUCGGCGGCCGGGCGCGAGGUGUCGAACGAGCCGGCACGCAAGGACUCGAGCCUACUGGCUGACAAGUACCGCAGCUGCUCACUGGAGCCCAUUUUCAGGAAAAUCACGCAGGAUGUGGUCGCCGCCAUUGGAUGA